UAUCGUUGUCUCGGUUAAUUGGUUUAAUAAUCCUUUAUUUACAACUUGAUUGUUAAGCAUAUCUGCAUAAAUAGCCUGAGUUGGAUUCAUCUUUUUAAUUUUUUUCGCCCACGAAAUUGCGGCUGCAUCAAAUUCAUCAAUUUCAUUUUUGCUUUCAAGCUGAUUCUUGCAGUAAUUCAUGAAGUCUGUUUGGGUCUUAUUUUGUUUAGAAGUCUUACUUCUUUUAUUUGAGGCAGGCUUGAAGGCAGCUGGACUUGUUGGACGUGCAUGAGAUGUUGAAGGCACUUGUGAUGAAACACUUGCAGAUUUCUAAAAAAAAAUAUUAUUUUAGUUUCCAUCUACGCAGCAGGAUUGGCUGGAAGUAGCAAAUGGAUUUGAACAAAAAUGGCAAUUUAUAAACUGUGGAGGAGCUCUGGAUGGCAAGCAUAUUCGUAUUGUACCUCCUCCUCAUUCAGGAGCACAAUACUAUAACUAUAAAAAAUUUUAUAGUAUCAUUUUAUAGUAUAAUGGCUCUCGUCAAUGCUGACUACGAAUUUAUUUUUGUCGAUGUAGGCAAAAAUGGAAGAUUAUCUGAUGGAGGAGUAAUUGAAAGCACCAAAUUUUAUCAUAAGUUAAUUCAUGGCCAGUUACAUCUGCCAAAUAACACAGACACAGAAAAUAAUUUCAAUUUUGUAUUUUUGGGCGAUGAAGCAUUUUCUUUACAUGAAAACUUUUUAAAACCGUAUCCUCAAAGAGAUCUUUCUUAUAAUGGAAAAGUUGAUUGGCAGGAUGAAAUGUUGGCCAAAGGAAAAGCUUAA